AUGGAUGACAUCUCAAAACAUAAAAUAUUAGAAUUGAGGAGUAAACAGAAGUUGCCCCUGCCACCCUGUUGGUCAGAGCCUGGACUGAAGUUUCCUCCCCUGCAGCCCCGGGACAGGAAGUCCCCAGAACAGCAGGACCCCCUCCAGGCCGGCCGCAAGACCAAGGCUGGCAGGAAGGCUGCAGGAUCGGACAAAGCUGGAGGGGCUGACAAGGGACCCCAGGCAGAGUCCUGGAGGGUUGAUGUGGGCACUGGAGGCUGUAUGCCAGCUGCUGAACAAGGUUCACACCUGGCCUGGAAACUGGCAGGACCAGGCAGGAUGGGGAUUGGUGGUGCAUGUGUGAAGAUGCCUCCCAUGUCCCAGACCAGCUACUGUGUUCUUCCACCAAUAAGACCGUCAGCCUCUGUGCCAUUCAGCCCAGAGGAACCCAAGACCCUAAAGUGCAGGUCCACACCAGAUGAUGGGGAGAGAACCAACUUCUCUCUACCUCCACCUUUAUCUCCACCCACAUCACCUCCGUCUCCACCUCUGACUACACGCCGACCUCAGGCUCAGUCUCCACCGUCUUCUCCUCCCACCCUGGAUGACCCAGUGACCCGGGAGACCACGCCCCAGCCUCUGUUUGAAGCUAUUAUGUCCCAUUCUCAGUGGAGACUCAUCAAAACGGUCCUGUUGAGAAAGAACAAGAACAUAGCUGAGCUGGAGAAGCAUUUAGAGGAGAUGAUGGAGUGGGUUCUCCAUGUGGUCAAUGAGGGAGUGCUGCCCGCCAUGGCCCUUUACCAGGUCCAUCACAUCAGCCAAGACCCGAUGUCGGCCGCUUCCUCCCACAGCAACUGUGUCUCCAUGUCGGCCUCUUCUCAGGGCUCAGACCAACCGGACAUCCUCCAGGGUGUUCUAAGAAGCAGGAGGAGCAGCAGCAGUACCCAGGGAGGGCUGCUGGGAAACAUGGUCCAGGAAAGGGAGGAGAAGGAGGCUUGCACACCCUCGUGUCAGGAAAGCCUCCCUCUCUACACCCAGCAGAAGGAGUGCAGCUCUGCCAGCAAGGAGGAGCAGGAGGAAGAGAACCUGCAGAAGGAGGUGACCUCUCCUUUCUUCUCUAAGUCAGCCACCAGGAGCCCUAGUCCCAGGAGUGAGGCAAACAGUGUUGCUAGUUGCCACGACCUUAACCUCACUGCCCAAAAAAUGCUAGACACUGUUGUGCAGAUGGCACACUCGGCCUCCAGAUCAGUCACUGAUGACGAAGACUGCGAAAGUGACGAUGGCUCCUCCGUCUCGUCCUUCGACCAGGCCGAGUAUGACCUGGACCGCCUGCUGGUGUCCCAAAGCACGGGUACGAGGGUGUUGCAGGCGAGGAUCGACUGCUUCUCAGAGGAGCUGAUUAUUCACCUAUAUCAUCUGCUCCCGGAGACACAGAUGGGACGAUUUCCCUCGUCAUGCCGCUGUCACUACCAGCCCAACGUCCAGUGCCUGGAGGCAAAGCAGUGCUUGGAUUGGGAGCUCUUCAGUCCUCUGAUGUACAACUUCCUCCACUUGGCAUUCAAACAGCUGAUGGAGAACUUCCUUGGCCUGGUCAUCUUUCUUCCGGACGAACGUGUCCCGAUGAACGAUCACCUCAAAUGGUUGUGGAAGGAGGACAGGGCCGACUCCGACAGCAAUGCAUCCAUAGACGACAGUGACAGCAGCGACUCGUGUCUGGACUGGUCCAUCAAGUUUACGCCGGGCCCCAGCCAAGGGAUUGUUGGUCGAAACAUCUCACAGAGUAGGCUGCGGCCAUCUUCCUCUGCCAGCCAGGACCAGAGGGGGGCACUAGAGGCCAUAUCUGAGGUGUUAACCGUAAAGAUGGGAGAUGUCCUUCACUUUACCUGCAAUGACCCAGAAAAAGCCAUGGCCAUAGUCAACAAAGGCCUUGAUGCUGAGGCCAUGGCCAGGCUGGCGGAUCUCCUUCGCAGCUCCUCUUCUGAAGCCACUGACCAGGAAGGGACAAUAGGAAGUCCCAACCCAGAGUUGAGUUUAGGCUUCACCAACCAGGAAGUUUGCCAGUCGGAGAAGGCUGACAUCAUCAUUUCCUGGUUGCCCCCAAGGCCCUCUGAGACCCCCUCCCUCCAGCCUGGGGAGGUUCUGAUCCAGGAGAAGGUUUGGACAACCUCCGGGCCCAGUGCCCUGCACCACCAGACCCUGCGGGACUUCCUGCACGGGCUGAUGGUACACCUAGCCCUCCAGGAGUCCCCGUCGACCACCAGCGCCCCCACCCCCUCGAAGCUAGAGGCUACUCUCCUUCAGAAAGUGGGAUGGAUUCUUUGGACCCAAGACGGGAUCAGCCUCACCCUGGAUCACCAGCCCCAGAGCCCGUUCUUCAGUGGCACAGACGCCUUUGAGGCCAUGUUGGAGGCGGGCUACGCUAAGCUGUCACUCAGCUCUAACAGUAGCAGGGCCCUGCUCCGCUCUGCUCGCCACGGAGAAGCGGGAGCCAUUUGCUGCCUGGCCCAGACCAUCGCCACGGUGAUCUGCCGCCACGCCGAGGACUGGCGCGCUCCUGCUGUGUCGGAUGUUACCGUCCGUUUUGAAACAGGUUGUGAGGGGAAGGAGAAUGCUCAGGACUCUGCUGGCUUGGAAAAGGCCAAUGGAAGCUCCAGCUUAAGAACAAAUGUGAGGAUAGAUGACGGAUCUGAGCUCUCUGACGAUAGCUCCUCAUCCGCCUCCACCUCCCGCUCCUCCAUCUCCAGGAGCUCCAUGGCUUUGGACCCCUGCCCAGAUGGGGACAAUCUGGACCAUCUAAGAAAGACCAAACCCUCCGGCCUCCAAAGAUGGUUCACCUUGAUGAGAAAGAAGACCAAUGCUGUCACCAAGGUCACACAGAGUGCUGCUGCCAAAGGACAGAAGAAGACUAACUCAGUUACUCCCCUCAACUGUGGAAAUCCUGCCGAGUCCUCCAGCGUAGAGAAACAGAAGAAGAAGUCCAUUAAAGGAUUCUUCCGCAGGAUCUCUGCAGCUCUUUCCAAGGCGUUCUGUUGUAGCUGCGAGAUUCACCAGUAG